AUGGACCGCGCCUCGUGCUUGGUGCCGCCGACAACACCCCGCGCCCCAAGCGACGCGCUCGUGCUCCAAGCCAAACACGCGCUGCGACUGUACGUCGACGACGCGCAGGUGCAAGGCCGCAGCCGCCGCGUCUCGUGGAAGCUCGACAAGAUCUCGGAGAAUGGCAAGGUCCAGUACUACUCGGGCAUCGCGAUCGACGGCAGCGUCGUCGUUGCCAGCGCGACGCAGCUGCACGCGACGCUCGACGAGGCCGCGCAGCUCUGCGCGCAGCUGCAGCCGUUCCAGGUCGUCGACGCGACCGAGUCGACACGGCUCUUUGAAGCCCACACGCCGAACCAGCCGCCGCACCGGUACGUCGGCGUCCAGUGGAUGGCGUUUGCUGUCCCCGGCGUCGGGAAGGGGCGCGACGCGUGCGUCCUCGAGUGCCGGGACACGGUCGUCAACGAGCGCGGUAAGCAUGUGUACGCGUACCUCCUCGAGUCCAUCGAGACGCCCGUGUGCGCGUCGCUCGAGGCGACGCAUGGAUUCGUGCGGGCGACGCUGCGCAUGACGGGCUAUGUCUUUACACAGCUGCGGCCCGGCCUCCUCCUCGCCGUGCACACGAUGCACGUGCACUUCAAGGGCAACCUCCCCAAGGUGCUCGGGCGUCUCUUCGCCAAGCGGCGCGUCGCGAGCCUCGAGCACCUCGAGCAGGCGCUGUGGCAGCUACGCAACGCCGAUACGUUUCUCUUCACGGACCAGCACCGCAAGCGCGCGUGCCCGAUUUGCUUCAAGCCAUGGAAGCGCCUGCAGACCAAGAAAACGUGCGGCGCGUGCAGCCUCCGCGUCUGCGCCGCGUGCUGCACGACGGGUCUCGUGCCGGGAUUGCACAAGGUCGUGCCCUUCUGCCUCGCGUGCGCGUUCGCUGCGCCGUCGACACUGUCGUCGACGUCGCUCUUGACAGCGACCGCGUCGUUUGCGUCCGACUCGACCGCGAGCUCGAUCCGCAUGCUGCGGGCGUGGAGCCUCAACGACGACUACGACGACGUGUCGGACGGCUACAACACGGCAGCGUCGUCCGUGCGGUCGUCUCGAGUGACGCGGGAGAUGCUCCGCGCCCUCGCACCGCCAGCCAGCACCCGCCGCAGCGUCGCAACCGACAUUUCACGCAACAGCGAAAUCUGGACCGACGCGAUUUCUAUCUUCCGCGACCACGUCGACAACUUCAAGGCGUACCACGCACCGAGCACGACGCCCGUGCAGUGGCGCCUCGGGUAG